AUGGACAAGUUCCUUAUCCCGGCACAACCGCGAGCAACGCGUUCAAGUGCAGUCAAUGCCUCGCGGAAGAUUUCGUCUCAGUUGGAGCCUGAUGACGAACCUGUCCCUAUAAUCAAAAGGCGUUCAGCUAAGCGACCUUCUGUGCGAGUUGACGAAGAUUUUGACGCGUCUGAUGGAGUCGCAUCUGGAGGAGACGCGACACCUGAAAAAGAUGUUAAACAACGUGCACCAAAACGACGGAAAACACAACCAUCAAGAAGCAAAAGUGAAAAUGCUAAAAUCCAUGAGAGCCUGUUCUCCUCUGAGGGUGAGACGAGUCAAACACCGUGCAUCCCUCCAUCCAGGCAACAUCAGCUCUUAUAUCACCGACCUCUAUUGCUUAAGGAAUCCACUUCUCGACAGGCACUACUCAGCUGGUUUGACAGUGUAAGCACAAAACGUUCAAUGCCGUGGCGAAAGGCUUGGAUAAACCCGAAGGACCACGAUCAAGAUGAACUUCGCAAUCUUCUGGAGCGACGUGCGUAUGAGGUCUGGAUCAGCGAGAUUAUGUUGCAGCAGACACGGGUUGCCGUGGUCAUCGACUACUGGAACAGGUGGAUGGAGAAAUGGCCAACGAUCCAUGAUCUUGCAGCUGCAAGCGCCGACGACGUCCUCAGUGCUUGGCGUGGCUUGGGCUACUAUAGCAGAGCGACGAGAAUCCACGAGGCAGCGAAACUGGUGGUGAACGACCCAACUAUGAAAGGCUCACUACCUUCAUGCACGCAAGAUCUUGAAGCCAAGGUUCCUGGUGUUGGGAGAUACACUGCUGGCGCUAUUUCAGCCAUUGUCUUUGGACGAGCUGCACCUAUGGUGGAUGGAAACGUCUUGCGUGUGUUGAGCCGACAGCUUGGGCUGUUUGGCAACGCGAAGACAAACAAGGUUGUGAUCGAUACCUUAUGGGCUGCUGCAGACGCUCUUGUCAAGGCUAUUGCUCGCGAUGGGACUGAGGUUCAGAACGACGAGAACGUUGAGACAAGUGAUCGGCCUGGUAGAUGGGGCCAAGCACUAAUGGAACUCGGAAGUACUAUUUGUGUACCCAAGCCAAACUGCUCCGAGUGUCCUGUUACAUCAACUUGUCGUGCAUACGCCGAGGGAAAGACACUGGUUUCAAACAAAGACCGUGGUACAAAGAUCGCAGAUAUCGAAGACAUGUGUGACCUCUGCGAACCUUUCGAAGAAGCGACAAGCUCAGAUGACACAGACGUCAAAGUCGAAGUAACUAAGACUGCCAAAAAGACCAAGGCCAAUGAAGGGAAAUCCAAGCAGAUGACACUAUCGGCUUUUGCCUUCAAGGGCCCAAAUGAAGACAAGCCAUCGACGACCAAGGCGGCGGUAUCUACAAGUCCACGCGACAUGGAAACCAUUGUCGAUCACGCCCGCAAAUUUCCGCUUAAAGUAAUCAAAAAGGCGGUUAGGGAGGAGGAAACACUGGUCUGUGUGAUCCGUCGUGGAGACGGUCAAUACCUCAUUCAGAAGCGUCCAGAGAAGGGACUUCUAGCCGGCUUGUGGGAAUUCCCCAGCUACAUGCUGCAAGAUCUGAAAGAGGGCAACACGCCAGCAAAGCGACGAUCAAAGGCAUUGGCGUAUGUUUCCAAGCUGGCUGGCGAGCAUGGAGGGAAAGCGUCGAAACCCAAGUACGUGGAAGAGCUGGGCAGCGUACCUUGGCUCUUCUCCCACAUCAAGCUCACAAUGCAUGUUCACUUCUUCACACUCGAGGAUGGCAAUUUGACGGAUACUAAAUCACUUGAGUCGAGUCGGCUAAGAUGGGCGACGAGUGAGGCUGUUGAUGAAGAGUCCAUGGGAACUGGCAUGCGCAAGUGCUGGACACUUGCUAAAGACCAGGAAUAA